GCACCAACUAAUUAGCUGACUCAAGAAAAAGGCAAGAUAAGGAGACAACUCAAAAGAGGAAAGAGCCAAAAGAAAAAAAAAUGGCGCAACAAGAAAUGAGAAAAGGUCCUUGGACAGAACAAGAAGAUCUUCAACUGGCAUUUUACGUGAACUUAUUUGGCGAUCGACGAUGGGAUUUCUUGGCCAAAGUUUCAGGUUUGAGAAGAACAGGAAAGAGUUGCAGAUUACGUUGGGUGAAUUACUUGCAUCCUGGUCUCAAACGAGGAAAGAUGAUUCCUCAAGAAGAACGACUUAUUCUUGAACUCCAUUCCAAAUGGGGAAAUAGAUGGUCAAGAAUUGCAAGGGAAGUACCGGGGAGAACUGACAAUGAAAUAAAAAAUUACUGGAGAACCCACGUGAGGAAGAAGGCUCAAUAUGAGAGAAAAAACAAGGCUUUUCUUAUUUCUCCGUCUUCAUCCUUCUGUAAUUCUUCAUCUUUCUCUUCUAACAGUCCUGAUGUGGACUUCAUGCCCAUUAUUGAAAACAAUGAAAGGAACUUCUAUGAUACAGGUGGACUUGAGAAAAAGAAUAAUGAUGGUGAUCAUGAUAACGAGAAAGGAAAAAACAUGAAGGUGUACUCCAUGGAUGAAAUAUGGAAAGACAUUGAAUUAUUAGAGGAAAAACCAAUUAUGUUAUCACCUAUAUGGGAUUAUUGCCCAAACACUCUAUGGAUGACUGAUGAAGAAGACACUAAGACGUUUCCUAAGUUUACUUGCUUAGACAAUCAGGAUAACACAUUUUUGGCUAACAAAGAGUUAUUUGUUUGACGGCUAUUUGUUUUUGUAGUUGGUAUAGGUAUUGUGAGAUGAUUUUGUAGCUUUAACUUUGGGCAACAACAAUGGUAAAAAUCAUAAAAGUCACAAUGAAUC